AAAAUGCACAAGAACAAAAUACGAUAACAACGAAUGUAAACAAUUUUAGUUUUUUUUAACGCGAGAACGAUGAUUUUUCACUGAAUAUAGUCUUUUUUAAGACACUUGAUGGUUCAAGAUAAACAGGAUAUGCAAGUCUCAGAUUCUCAUCAACAUCAGGCGUGUCGGAGUUUUACUGAUGAUUGGUCAAAUAAGAACUUUCCUGGACCAGUUUUGAUAUAAACUGUUUCAUGGUCUGGACAGAAAUCGCAACUGAACAAAUCAUGUAGCAGGUUGUAGAAAAUGGAGAAAUUUCUAAGAACAGUAACAUUAACAGUGCUUUAUAAGAGUGUGUAUAUCUGUUUUAAUUGCUGAAAUGCCAAAGCUUGUAUCAAACAAUGACAGCCCAGGUGAUUUUGGCACUCUGAAAAGGACGACAGAGGCCAGUACUGAUGAGCCCAAAACUAUGAAAUUCAAGGCCUCCAAAUCACCAACCAUGAAAAGUAAUGGUACACAAUCCUCAGCGCAUGAUUCAAGAUCCCGCCCAUCAACAUCAACUGUCAACAAAGAGGAUCAAAGAGAGGAAAAUGGAGUUUGGUUUUGGGUGAACAAAAAUGGCUUUCCAGUGGAUGAUGUGACAUGGGGAAGGAUGUGGGAUCAUGUGGCUAAAAUCCACCCUGAUGGCUAUAAGAUGGUGGCUACAGUUCGAGCUAACACAAAUUUACCCCCUAUUCCUGUUCCACAGGCUCCAAUGAACUUUUCACCAACGAUGCCAAUACCUGAUAGACUUGAAAAAAUACAAAACUAUAUGAAUGCAUUGGAAUAUAACCAUACUGGGACACAGCUGUUUGAAAUUAAGAAAAAUAGGCCCAUAUCAGGAUUGAUGGAGGUGGCGAAGGACAUGGUACGUGAGUCUCUACCCAUCAAGUGCUUGGAGGCCAUAAUUCUCGGGGUUUACCUCACUAAUGGUAUGAUGGGUAUGGAACGCUUUCCGAUCGGCUUUAAGACACAGUUCAACGGCAAUUACCACCGGCACGUGGUGUUGGGCAUUUACCAUGGCGGGAGAUACGGCGCUUUAGGCAUGAGCCGUCGAGAGGACUUGAUGUAUAAGCCUCUUGUUUAUAAGAGCCUAUCAGAGCUGAUAACAGAUUAUGAAAAGGCGUAUAGAAAGUACUGGCACGAUGUGAAGAAGAUCAAGAUUGGUUUACCGGUGUCACAUGACCCGCACAGCUAUGAAUUCAUACAGUGGAAGAGUAUGACUUUGACGAGAAGUAAGCUGACCCAGCAAGAACUUAUCAAAGAAGUGGAUUCCCAUGCCAAGGAAAUACGGACCAAGAAUACAUGUUCAAUGUUCCCUCCUUUCAAGAAACUUCGUGAAACAGAAUCACCUUGUUAUGUGUCUAUGUAUUCAAAGAAGUCCCGCUCAUGGUCUGUGCCUCAAACAACUUCACCUCGCAAGUCGCUGUCCUUUGUGGACCUUGACUCUGUGCGUCACUCAAGAUCCAAGACGGGUCAGGCUUCACACUCCAGCUUCAACCAGGCCAUUAAACUCUACAAUGGGACAACUGUUUCGACUGAUUCAGGGGAGAAAAUUAAGAAAAAAGAGCCAACAGAUUUAGUAGAGUACCAGAUCAGGAUAUAAUGGCUUCCAUCCCCGUGAACCUGCGAUUGUGACAGUGUGUUCAGAGUCUUAGACAUUUAUAUUCAGCCUCAGGGCCAGUCUUUAAUUGGUAGGCGGGUAGCUAGUGCAACAGGCACAUGUGUAGCGACACAUUAAGAUGUGUUAGCAAAAUAUUGCCAAAAAUGGGUGAAAACAGAGAGGCAAAAGGCCUAUGACCCCUUAACUUGUGUGGAAAAAAAUGGCGUAGCAAUGCCCCUAAAGAAAAUUAAAACUACAAACCAGGUCAUCCUAAAGAAGUAUUUUUUUGUAAAGACGUGAUCCACACUUUUCAGAUCAGAACUCUAUUCUCAGUGAUAUAAGAUACUCAAUUAUGUGAAUUCUGGAUACCUAGUGACCCCAUGUUAAUUUGAUAUCUGAAAUGAUUUUGUGUUUUGAUAAAGAUAACUAGAAAAUAUCACAAAUAUAACCUUGUAAACAUGCAUUUUGGACAAAUAGGGCAUUUCCUAUUUGAUUCGGUUGGAAUAAAGAACAAAAUUACACUGCAAUUUAUUUAUCUGUUAAGAUGAAUUUUCAGUUAUUUCUAUUACAUGGUUAAGGCAUUAUGGAAUAGAAUAGAUUCAUCAAACUUAUAACUUAUUGCAUGUCAAUUUUUUUGCCUUCUCCAGCGGUCACAGACAAUUUGAUUUGAGCCACUGCUAACAAUGUUUUAAGGAUUGUUUCAUAACGGUUCUCCUCUGCAUGUAAAUGUAAAGGCUAUCAUUAGUUCAAAAGGUUUAGUUACAAUAAUAGUAUUACAGUCAAAUGCAUUGAUCUCAAAUGUCCACCUUAGAUUUAUACAAAUGUGUAAUGCUCGCAAACUUAAAUUUUGGAUAGUCACUAGUCUUUUAGAAAGAAAGUUCAGGUAUUGACAAAGCCUCGAAGUCAGAUUUUUCAUUGCGAUUUUUAUACGCGCAUCUUACGAUGGCCGUAUUAUGGGAACACCCAUGGCGGGCGGGCGGCGGGCGUGCGGGCGGCUCCACAAUGUUGUCCGCUCUCUAACUUGAACAUUUCUCAUCCAAUUUCCACCAAACUUCAUGAAAGUGUUUGUUGGUGAAAUAUCUAGGUCAAGUUCGAUAACCAGCCAAAUCGCUCUAGGCACUCCAGAGUUAUGGCCCCCUGAAUUUGUCAAAAUUGGGCGGGUGGCGGGCGGGCGGGCGGCUCCACAAUGUUGUCCGCUCUCUAACUUGAACAUUUCUCAUCCAAUUUCCACCAAACUAUAUGAAAGUGUUUGUUGGUGAAAUAUCUAGGUCAAGUUCGAUAACCAGCCAAAUCGCUUUAGGCACUCCAGAGUUAUGGCCCCCUGAAUUUGUCAAAAUUGGCCAUUUUAGCUUUGUCCGCUCUCUAACUUGAUCAUUUCUCAUCCAAUUUCCACCAAACUAUAUGAAAGUGUUUGUUGGUGAAAUAUCUAGGUCAAGUUCGAUAACCAGCCAAAUCGCUUUAGGCACUCCAGAGUUAUGGCCCCCUGAAUUUGUCAAAAUUGGCCAUUUUAGCUUUGUCCGCUCUCUAACUUGAUCAUUUCUCAUCCAAUUUCCACCAAACGUCAUGAAAGUGUUUGUUGGUGAAAUAUCUCGGUCAAGUUUAAUAACCAGCCAAAUCGCUUUAGGCACUCCAGAGUUAUGGCCCCCUGAAUUUGUCAAAAUUGUCCAUUUUAGCUUUGUCCGCUCUCUAACUUGAACAUUUCUCAUCUAAUUUCCACCAAACUUCAUGAAAGUGUUUGUUGGUGAAAUAUCUAGUUGUUUACUGUCGACUGUAACUUGCAAACUGUGGGUGAUAUAAACAUGAAACUUGGUACAAAUGUUUAUCAAGACAAUUAACAACAGUUUAGCACAUUCAAUAACUGUAGCUUAAAUAAAAUUUGUCAAAUUUUGGGCCAAGAUUGGCUGCUACGUGCACUUUGGGGGCAUGAAAUUAUCAUUUUUUCCGCUUUUGUUUAAUUGUGUUUUCUUCCUAACUCAGAUUAUCACAGUAUGUGUGUUAUUAAUUAAUUUAUGACAUUUUACUUUAGUUGUGUCCAUUGUAAAUGAAUUAUAGCAUAAUAUUUGCAUUGCAAGUUCAACAACCCUUUCUGUAAUAUUUCCUGAGUAAUGCCCCUUACAGGAAAAUCUAGAAGCAUCAGGGAUUCUAAAGAUCAGAAGUAAUCCUUAACACAGGAUUGAGAGCUUUCACAUCAGUCUAUUGUAUAGUAGUAAAUAUGUUGUUGUUUUUGCUCAGACAUUUGUAUUAUAUAGGUCAAAGCAACACAUUAUUCGCUCAAAUUCAUGCACAACAUGAAAAAUUGAGGUACUUAAUAAAGACAAUACAAUUCAGAGGCUCAAAUUGAGUAUUCAAGGACAUAGCAUACAUGCAAGUGUAUCUAAAUACCAGAUAGUCCCAUUUAACAGAAUAAAUAUUGCACAUGAAUCAUUGGAUUCAAACAGUGUUAGUUUAUGAAUCAUAAAAUGGGUUAGUACAAUGGGAGAGUCAACUAAUAUAUGCAAAAAUGUCUUAAAUAAAUAAGAACACUAAUGCUUUAAUGAAAUUGUUUAAGAAUUAUAAACAGUGGACCUUUACCCUGCUUUGGGCGUGAAUCCCUCAUACUCAAACCUAUCCCCCGGCUUUUUUGACAGUUGAUUGAUAAUUAUCCUCUGGUGCGUUAGGUUACAUUGCUUUUUUGUUGUUUUUUGUUAGGACUUCCAGAUAUUCAUAUACUUGAUUUUGAUAGUGUGUGUUUUUAAUAUAUUUGCCAUGUUUAUUAAUUAGUCCAUUUAACAUUUUAUUAUUGUUUUGUUGUAGAUAUACACAUGUGAUACAUAUUAUUUUUCAUUGUUGUUAUGAUAUAUUAUAUGUGUUAUUCAUUGUGAUAAAAUAUACAAACAGUUAAGACUUAUGUAAUAAA